CCCCCCGCUCCAUCUAGCCCCCCUACUCUCCUCCUCCACCACCACCAGGGACUAAGGAGGUUUUCAGCACUUGCCACGGCAGCUCGCGAUGGACAGCACCACAAAGGCUCAGUGAUCCCUCACAUCACCCAGACGCUUGACAGAGACCACGGCUGACAGGCAAUCUCAGCGUUCAGACGGGACAUCCAGGAUCAGAAGGAGCCGAGCGCUUUGAGGACUAUCCCUUAAAAAGAGCUACGGCUGUGAACCCGCAACCCGAGCAGACACACUUCGCACAGCUCUUGUUGCUCCAAAAACAUUAGCACAAUGGAAGAAGACAUGGAUGAGGGACAGACCCAGAAAGGAUGCCUCGAGUGCUGCAUCAAAUGCCUGGGUGGAAUCCCGUACCCGUCGCUCAUAGCCACCAUCCUGCUGUAUGCGGGUGUGGCUCUGUUCUGUGGCUGCGGACAUGAAGCCCUCUCCGGUACCGUCACCAUCCUCCAGAACUACUUUGAAGUGGUGCGGAGCCCCAUGGACGCGCUGGACGUCUUCACCAUGAUCGACAUUAUCAAGUACGUGAUCUACGGCAUCGCGUCGGCUUUCUUCGUCUACGGCAUCCUGCUGAUGGUGGAGGGCUUCUUCACCAGCGGCGCCAUCAAAGAUCUGUAUGGAGACUUCAAAAUUACCACCUGUGGACGCUGCGUCAGCGCUUGGUUCAUCAUGCUGACGUACAUCUUCAUGCUGGCCUGGCUCGGGGUGACUGCUUUCACCGCCCUUCCUGUCUUCAUGUACUUCAACAUCUGGAACAUCUGCCAAAACACCACGGUGCUGGCGGGUGCUUCGCUUUGCCUGGACCCACGCCAGUAUGGUAUUGUGCCACUUGCUGAGGCAAAAACAGUAUGUUCUGUAUCAGAUAACUUCAACAAGCUGUGUGAAUCUAACGAGCUGGACAUGACAUUCCACCUGUUUAUCUGUGCCCUCGCUGGAGCAGGAGCUGCAGUUAUUGCUAUGAUCCACUACUUGAUGGUGCUAUCUGCCAACUGGGCCUAUGUGAAAGACGCCUGCAGGAUGCAGAAGUACGAGGACAUCAAGUCGAAGGAGGAGCAGGAGCUUCACGACAUCCACUCCACCCGCUCCAAGGAGCGUCUCAACGCCUACACAUAAAGACCAGCGUGAGGCCUGGCCCCGCCACUCCGGCCUCUCUCUCCCUCUCUCUCUCUUCUGUCUUUCCGUCUCUCUCACUAUCCCCUCCCGAGGGGGGGCGGAUGGCGCCUAGGGCCCUCACCACUGCUGAUGUCACUGGUGCGUCAUACGACAAUGUGGUCUGGGGGGGAAAUACAAACCUUCCCGGUCACAAACAGCAUUGCAGACGAAAAAAAAGCCCCUUUACCUCUCUCAUGGAUGGUGUUAUGAUUAUCAAUAUGGCAGUUAUAAUAUUCUUGAAUACAAGUUGUUUAGUGCAGAUCGUAGUUUAGUGUUUGUAGAAUCAGACGUAGCAGUAGUGCUUUUUUACUUUAAAUAAUUUGAAUUCAUUUGUUUUAUUUUCUUAGACUUUUAUUUGAUGCUCAGUGUUGUUUAGCUCUUACGUAUAAUUUAUUGUUUUUGCUGAUUUGUGAGGGGGUCAACAGGGGCUUCAAGGGUUUUCCAAGCACAUUCUUCAUGCCGUGUGUCUGGAGAUUUCAUGUUCAAGAACUACGUACUGUAUGCGUGUGAGCGGGUUCGUUUAUACAAUAAUUUAAAUCUCACAACACGACUAAGAGGCAGCGUAAGAUUCUGUCAUGUCAGUUUCCCAGGGAUUAAAACCACUUCCGUAAUUCAAUCUGUUUUUCUAUUUAAGAUUAUACAGCAGAACACAAACACAAAAGAAAUACCAAAUCUUUAGAGUAAAAUAAAUAUUUCGAACCUGUUAAACAGGAAAAUAUGACUUUAAUAGAAAUCAAAGAUGGAUUGGUCUAUUAAAAAUAAAUGAGUCCUUAUUUUCUAAUAUUUCCAUUUUAAUGUAUGACCAUUUUUGUGAAUGAUUCCAUUGUCUUUGAAUCACAAGCCACAAAAAGCACAUGCAAACACACUUUCAUAUGCCCUUUUUUAAUUUCCUAAAAGUGGAACUUAUUAAUGCUGAACUCAUGUUUUGACACUGUAUAUAUGGAUAUAUCAAAGCAUACCUAUUUGUUAAGCACUGACAUUGAAGGGCAGUACAUGUGAGAAUAAGAAGGGAUCACUGUGGGUCAGUCGAACCGAAAAGAAACUAACAUUGCAAAGUUGUGGGUGUAGUGGCACUUCCUAGUGGAUUCAUCCGAUGUGAGAACGUGUGUCACAGUAGUUUUGUUCAUGACAGUAACUGUAUUGUUUAUGCGUCCUGAUGCCAUGCAACUACAAAGGUGGCCUGUCAGUUCAUUGCCUGACAAAUCUGGUUUUGUCAGUAUUUCUAAAUGCUAGUUUCAUGCACUUAUUUGAUCAUUUCCGUGCUCUCUAUAGGUGUAAGCGCAUUGGUGUUCAACUCAAGGUUGGAUAACUGUACUGUUAGUAAAGACUGUGAAUUUUGAUGUUUUUGUGGCAUGGACAUGCAUAAAUAUAGUCUCUUGGACUCAAAUGUUCCUUUCCUCUGUUCUUUAUUUUUACACGUUUGACUGUCUUGCUGGAUCGACCAUUUCUUUAUAUGUGCAGUACUGAUUCUCCCACGCUUUCUGCAUUAUGCUACUGAUAUUAUAGACUGUAGUCUUUUGAGUUGUGUCUGUUUAGUUUGUGAUGAGCCCUCAACCAUGUCCUACAACUAAUACUCGUACCAACAUUGCUUACUUGGUGAUGAUCUGAAAUGCUUUCAGCUUCCUCCUCAUAUUAGUCUUUUGUACUUUCAAUACAAGUGCUUAGUAGCAGCUUUAAAUUGAAUCUGUUUUGUACAUUCAUGUGCCAACAGCUUGAAGUGGCUUAUUUGACCUGUAUGAUCAAAUUUGCUUGCAUAAAUAAAAUUCACUUGUGUAAUUGUUAUUAAA